AUGGAUGGCAACGCAUGGCCGCCGAAAGACGGCAUCUCAACACCAACCGUCUCCGCGGCUGAGCGCGUACUAGCAAUAACAGCCUCAACGCAAAUCAACGCCCCAGCGUCUUUCGUCUUCGACAUACUACUAGACACAUCUACCUACCCAGAGUGGUGCACAUUCGUUCCCAAAGUCACCAUCAAUUCACAACCCUCCUCUGCAACCCAGGAUCGGAACACAGGAACAACCGACACUAACAACCACGCCAUCCUCCGCCGAGGCACAAAAUUCACCUUCCACGCAGUCAUGGGCCACCCCGGCUCAAAACCAACACCCACCCACCUCCUCAUCAACGACAUCUCAACACCCUCCGCCCCUUCAACGUAUAUCCCUCAAGAAUCGCUCCAAGCGGGGAAGUUCCCAGGCUACACGACAGACCUCUCGGGUGUCUACCGCGUCGCUUGGAAGGGUGACAAGGUUGACUUUUUUGCCAAGGGCCUGAACACCGAGCGAUUCCAUGAGAUUAUUGUGACGGGGGAGGAGCAGUGUGAGGUGAGGACGUGGGAGGUCAUGGGGGGCGUGCUGGCGCAUACGGUUAAGUGGAUGUAUGGGAAGACGCUGGGGAGGAAGUUCGAGGAGUGGUGCACUGAUCUUAAGAGGUUCAGUGAGAAGAGAUGGACGGAACGAAGGCAGUAG